AUGAAGUAUUACACACGUUCUCGCGAAUAUUGCACUUCGUGGCAGCAGGAUCUCAACUCUUGCCUCAGUAUUGUAAAAGUCUCCAUCUAUCAGGCAGCGUGGUCACAUGCGGGUGCAUACGUUUCUAUGGCAGAGAAUUUUUGCGAAGCUCAGAACUCUGAAUCACCUAAAAACGGCGAUGCUCGACCUAUUUCUCCCGCCGUGGCCGCCGCUCGUUCCGAAUUGGCGUUGGCGUCCGGGUUGAUCAAACUGGUUACUUGCAACUAUCAGGACGCUACCGCCCAGUUCUUGCAGGUGAUUGUCUGUCUUAUAUCUAAAGAUUUUCUUUCUUGA